AUGGAAGCCAACCGGGAUGACGCAUUGAAGAGUCUCCGGCUCGCACGUAAACACUUUGAAGGCGGAAACCUUUCCGAAGCUCGUAGACUUGCGGAUAAAUCCAUCAGCUUAUUCCCCACGGCCGAGGCCAAGGAUUUCCUGGCUACACUUGCAUCUGCGCCAUCUCCCUCUGGUACACCGACAGAUCCUCCCAAAGCUUCAGGCGCAGAAGUCCACCCAUCUGCGGGUGGAGCACAUAGUAGAAAGGGGAAGACUAAGGAUCAGGCAACCAAUGGGAGCGAGAAGAAGUGGACACCAGAACAGGCGGCUGUAGUGAAACGAGUAAGGUCGUGCGGGGCUACAGCUUAUUAUGAAGUACUCGCAAUUGAGAAGACAGCGGAUGAAGGAGAGGUUAAAAAGGCCUAUCGCAAGCUUGCCCUCCAGUUACAUCCUGACAAGAACAAUGCCCUGGAGCAGACGAGGCUUUCAAAGGUUGGAGGAAACCCAUUCACGAUAUUGUCUGAUCCUCAAAAGCGGGCGGUAUAUGAUCAAGUUGGUGGCGAUCCGGAGCAAAGAGGCGGUGGUGGUAGCGCUGCAAGCAGUGGGAUGGGCGGUAUGCGUAUGCGGCCAGGAUACAACCAUAUGUUCUUUGAUGAGGAAAUCAACCCUGAAGAUGUGUUCAACAUGUUCUUUGGUGCGUCUGGAUUUGGUGGUCCUGGCUUCUCGACUGGAUUUGGGAAUGGUUUCGGUGGUACACCAGUAUUUUCGGCAUCUUUCGGAGGCCCUGGAAUUCGUGUACAGCGAUUCGGCGCCCCUCGGCGCCCAGCGGGCCAACAACAAGCAGGCGAAACGGGCGACACUCGAUCAAUAUUCGUUCAACUUCUCCCUCUUAUCGCUCUACUUGCAAUUUCGCUAUUCUCAAGUCUAUUCUCGUUUAUUACAAACGGUGGUCCGUCCUACCCUGGAUUCCGAUACGAUGCAUCCAAAAGCUUCAAUGUCGAACAAACGACCACUCGGUUAAAUGUGCCAUAUUUUGUGUCACCAAACGAGUGGACGGAGCAUCCUAUAGGCAAAGUCGCAGAACAAGUUAAAGCUGGAGCUCCUACACCGAGCACUAGCGAUCUCUUAAAACUGCGCUCGUUCGAAACUAUAGUGGAGAGACGAUAUGAGGAACAUUUAUAUGACUUGUGCCGGAACGAAUACGAGCACCGGGAACGACGGAUGGAACAGCAUAAAGGUAUCUUUGGAUUUGGCGCGGACUGGGACAAGGUCAAGCAGAUUCAGAAUGAGAAACUCCCCAACUGCGAGAAGCUCACAGCUCUUCAGUACAAACAAAAGACGCAGAAAAGAUAG